CCCGUCGUCCUCUGGAUGUAAGAGCCACACAGCUGCUCCGUGCUGUGGUGCAACAGGGGUUUCUUCUUGCUCUGCUCAUCCGGCAUCAGGUGGUGAGAGACAUGUGGAUCAGGGGACACGUCUCCCUGUGACUGACACUUGAGCUGUUAAUUGACUCCGGGACAUUAGAGGUGAGACAUCCAAGUGUCCAGAGAUGCUCGGCCAGUCUCCUCACCUGAUCGGGGGCAUCUUGUGGAUCCAGAACCCAAUGAGAGCUGUUCACUGCAACCUGAGCCAGAAUGGCAUCGACCACCAGAUGUGCCCGGAGGACGUGACCUCACAGCUGGAGGGAGAGGAGGAGUCGGUGGACGGGGGGGCCGUGCUGCUGGACGACGACAGCCCGAUCUACCAGGAUGUCAGCCCGAUCUACCAGGAUGUCAGCCCCCCCAUGUACCAGCGCCGCUCACCGCCACACCGCUCUGUGUCCGAGUCCGAGCUGACCCGGGUAAGACCGGGGUACGUGAAGCUGUCCAAGCCCGUGGCCCUGUGGACCCAACAGGACGUGUGCAAGUGGCUGAAGAAGCAUUGUCCCAAUCAGCACCAGAUCUACAGCGACUCCUUCACACAGCACGACAUCACAGGGCGGGCUCUGAUGAGAUUGACGGACAGGAAGCUGGAGCGAAUGGGCAUCAUGCAGGAAGCCCAGAGGCAGCACAUCCUGCAGCAGGUCCUGCAGCUGCGCGUCCGGGAGGAAGUCAGGACCCUUCAGCUCCUCACACAAGCUACAGUAUCUCUCGAGAAAAAAGCAGGAGAAGGAAACAGAAGUAUUUUAAGUCUCCUAAGCUGUCGCUUCUGGACAUGCUUUUGGCAGGGAGAGAAAAUAUUGCGCGGCGAAGAGACGCUGGAGUAUUUCUGGGCCCUGGACGCGCUUCCUCAAGCUGUUAGCUAUAGGCGUAUACAGCUGUAGGAGGCCGAGCCAGAGACGAGAGACAGAGAGAGAGAGAGAGAGAGGGAAACGAAGUGAAAAGGUGUCGGGCAUGAGAUGAUGAAGCGAAUAAAAAAGGGAUGGUGAGAAGAGUGGGGAGAGGGAGUGGAGGGACGUGGGGUGUAGGUGACAAGAAGGUAGGAUGCGAACAGAAGAGGAGAGGAGGAGGUGGUGAUGAGACGGAAAGGGAAAGGGAGGGCGAGAGAGGGAAGGAGGUGAGAAAAAGGAAACCCUCCUCCGUCUGAUGGAAGACAAAUACUGCUCUGUAUUCUCCAUCAGGCCGUCCCCUUCCACUCCCGUUGUCUCGUUCUGUCUCUGUUGACUGUAAACAGCGAGUCCCCGCCCUCCGACGCCCCCUGUGGAACGAGGGAGAGAGAGAGGGAUCGAGGGAGGGAGGCGGCGGGUGUAAUUAUUUUUCCUCCCGUGGCCGAGCAAACCUUAAAGGUUAAUCACUGUCCAUCCAGCUAAUUCUGUCCCGGGUACGCCGCAGUA